UGAUGACGUAUAUACCGCCACAUGUGUUUUGAGGAAUGUUUUCUUAUUUAUAAUUAUACAUCAUCAUGUAUCUGUAGCGGACAACUAACGCAAGAAUCAACUCGUUUCUUGCAUGUUUACGUUGGAGGCAUCAAGGAGAUUGAAUCGACUCAAAUUUAACACCAAUCUCCACUUCCGUGACUAGUAUCUUUUUCUGAACUAGCGUUGCACGAUGAAGGCAGGGCAUCAUCCUGUAAAGAGGAGUGGAUUAGAUGCCAUCACUGAGGUAUCAUCACAGUCAUGUCACUUUGUGCUGGAAACGUCUCCUCCGGAUUAUGUGGAGAAAAUAUCAAGGUUUCUUGAGUCUUCUGUGGGACAGAGCAGACAGGACCCAGAGGCUAACGACAGUGAUUCAGGGGACAGCUUGUUUCUAACUCAGAAGUCGGUACCUGAGGCUGUGAGGUCACGAAGGCGGCGUCACUCCACCUUGAGGUCAGACCCAACAUCUCCCAGAGAUCUAGAGGACGGUGAGGAUUCAUGCUUCGCUCCCCACAGAGAGGAUGGCAGAGAGAGGAGAGAGAAGAAAUACAGACUGCCAAAAUACAGCUUUCCUUUCCUCACGGAGAGGAAGGGCAAGCCCAAGAGCAAUCUGUUGUUUGUCCAACAGAAUACAAGGCUCCAUAAUUUUGGGAUGGGAGGCUUCUUUAAAUGUGUCAGAGAGCUGUGGCAGAGCUAUCAAAGAGGAGAUAAUCUGGAGUCAUCUUUACUAACAGUAGAUGUGGACGGGGAGGAGAUACCGCCGUUGUCAGAAGGAGAAGAAGAAAAGUCUGAUGAUGAGGACAUCAAAGUGGUGGAAAGGAAACGUUUUGUGCUGUCAUCUAAAGCAAAGUGCCCACAACCCUUGAACACUCCACAGAAGAGACACAACCACGUAAAACAACAGAGGAAGAGGAGGAGAGCUAGUAAUGCCAGUCAAGAAAUGUCACAAGGAAGGCAAUGGAAGAUGCUGCAUAAAAUGCCAGCUAAGGGAUCCAUAUCAAGGGUAACGUUAUCGCCUUCAGAUACAGAGAGCACAGACGAUGGAGCGUCUUCUUGUAGAGCGGAAAGCAGGAAGAGUGAUGAACAUAUAAAAAGUGGCAGGAACAUUGUGGCCCAAACUGAAAUGCCAAAAACAAAGAGAUGCAAGAGGAAUCUUUUCUACCAAAACGCAGGAGAGGAAGAGCUUCAUAACGAUAGUGAUGCUACAAGCCCAGUGGAGUAUACGCAGCUGGACAGAGAGGUAUCAGUCACUGUGACAGCUGAUGUUUCUCACAUAGAUGAUCCGUCCCAAACAGGUCAACCAGAGGACGAAUCUGGAACCAGAGAACGCCAAGAUCUCCUGCAAAGUCCCCCACACCUCAUAAGGGACACCAAUGGUGAUGAAAGCAGGGUAAAGAAGAGAAAAAAAGAGAAAGGAGAGCACGGCGGUAAAGACAAGCUGCCUGAAGCUCAGCAUGCUGCAACAUCUGAGGAUGUGGAAAUCACAGAUGCAGAUUCCCCGGCGCUGCAGGCUGGCGGCAAGCUGGAGAUUAAUGAAAACAAUCAGAUGGAGAACUCGUUGCAUGACGACAACACGCUGAGACAGGAAGGAGAGAGGAGUGUGGAAGAUGGUGUCAAUGAGAGAGAAAUACCCCCUUUAAAACAAAAGAAAAAGAAGAGAAACAAGAAUAAGGUUGCAGUAGAAAAUAGUGGUCAAGAGGACAAGGGUGGUAAUUUAGAAUGUGACGUGAGGAUGGAGGAGGAUUCUGUGUUUUCAGAGAGCUGUAAUGUGGUGAGUGACGGGACAGAGAAAAAGAAGAAGAAGAAGAAAAAGAGGAAAAGAAGCAGUGAGCAAGAGGAGGAUGUUGAGCAGUUAUCCUCCGGCGCAGUUGCCGAACCUCUAAAUGACGAUGCUGAGACACAGAAGAAAAAGAAGAAAAGGAAAAAGGAAAAGAGAGUUAUACAUGCAGAAGCAUCAAAUUCAACUUUAGAUCAGUUAGAAGAACAUGAGAGUUGUUUAGAAAAUACUGCAGCUUCUCAAGAAACGUUAGACUCCAGUUGUGUGAAGAGAAAAAAGCACAAAAAGAAGAAACAGUCCUCCUCUAAUGAUGCUACUCAAUCUGGAGAAGAAGGUGGUGUAGAUGUGAGCAUGUCUAAUGAUGCUGCAACUCUGGCAGGAAAGAAGAAGAAGAAGAAAAUACCAGGUUUCGAUGUGUGUGAUGGGAUAGAUACGUCUUCUGGGGAAGUUGCUGACAAAACCCAGAAAGCAACUGGAGACGAAGAUGCUGAGCUGGUGACCAAGAAAAAGAAGAAGAAGAAGGAGAAGAAAAGAAUGAGUGAAAUAUUGAGCAGACAUAUUUCAGAUGACACUGUGGCACAAAGCCAUGAUUCAGCGUCUGUGCGGGAAAAGGAAAAGAAGAGGGCCUCUUCCUUCCUUGCUGCUGAUGCAGAGGGAAACUGUGCUCAAACAAACCAAGAUAAAAGCUCUCCUUCGCAAGCUGUUGCCGUCAGCGCCGGUGCUUUCGAGACAGAAUCAGCAGAAAUGGCUGGAAAUUUGUCUGUCGCAGAGUCUAACGACGGGGUCAGGAAAAAGAAAAGGAAGAGGAAGAUGUCAGAUAAAGGUCACGAGCGGGAUUUCGAGGAACCAAACGAAACAUGUCAGAGCGAUUUGCCCGAAACUACUGACGGUGGGGUGAAAAGGAAGAAGAAACGGAGGCGAGAGGAAAGUGAGCCGGUAACCCCCACGGAAAGUGCAGCUGAUGUGGAAUGUUCGCAAAUUGAUGAGGCUGUUGUGUUGAAGAAGAAGAAGAAGAAGAAGAAAAAGAUAAAAGAGAAUCCACCAACUGACAUUGAAGAUGCUGAAUCAGAAAUAUUCACGCUGACUUCACACAAGAAAAAACAAUUCGCCUCUCCUCUGGAUCCAAAGGGCGAACAUGGUCACAGUGCUGAAAGAUCCCAUGAUAGCAGGACUUCUGACCAAGCCGCCAAGGAAACAGCAGACAUAGCAGCUCCAGAAGUACCUGGAAGUCAGACAUUAAAUGAUGUCAAAGACAAGAAAAAGAAAAUGAAAAAGAAACGCACUGAUAACGUCUUGCCGGAGGGGCAAUCGUUGGCUGAAUCUGUUGAAUUAGAGCCCCAUAAACAUAAAAAGAAGGAAAAGAAGGAAAGAAAUAAUCCAACUGCUGUCCCCAGUUUCAUAUCCAGUAGCUCCAUGUUACCAGACACUGACUCUCCUUCACGUUUUGAAAUGUCCUCCUCUAACAAUAUCAGUAAAAACAAGCGCAUAAAAGCGAAGAGGAGACUUUAUAAUCUGAGUGAGGACUUCCUCAUGCACUGAUUAGUCUUAGAUCAACAGAAAACACUGAAGUUUGACCACCUGAAUGCACAAAACAAACUGCUGCAGCUGUAAAUAAUUAAGUUUCAAGAUGAACAGUGUAACAAAGACACAGAGACAGUUUUUUUUAAUAUAAUUUGUUUUGUAUCAAAGCAUUUUUUUUUUUACUAUCAUGGCUCUCAACCUUUUUGGUGUUGAGAUAUUGAUCUUGAGCAAUAACACUCCAUAAAAAACCAUGAAUGUUUUGUGUUUUUGAAAGAAAAGCUCCAGAAUGGGAAAGUUACAAUAUUUGGAGGAAAAACUUUUCCUAAACUUGAAAAUUAAAACUUGAAAUAAAUUGGUUUGUGAACACUCUU